GUGCCCCUGGCUGCUGGCCUGCGCUGGCGCGGCCUCCUUGGUACUACCGCCUGGGUCUGACGAGAUGUACCAGGUUCCACUGCCACUGGACAGGGAUGGGACCCUGGUCCGGCUCCGCUUCACCCUGGUGGCCCUGGUCACAGUCUGCUGUCCACUUGUCGCCUUCCUGUUCUGCAUCCUCUGGUCCCUGCUCUUCCACUUCAAGGAGACAACGGCCACACACUGUGGGGUCACUCCCUACAGGAUGUUCUCUGCGGCCUCCCAGCCCUUGGACCCCGAUGGGACUGUGUUCCGGCUCCGCUUCACAGCUAUGGUCUGGUGGGUCAUCACUUUCCCCAUGUUCGGCUUCUUCUUCUGCAUCAUCUGGUCCCUGGUGUUCCACUUUGAGUACACUGUGGCCACUGACUGUGGGGUACCCAAUUACCUGCCAUCGGUGAGCUCGGCCAUCGGUGGGGAGGUGCCCCAGCGCUACGUGUGGCGCUUCUGCAUCGGCCUGCACUCUGCACCGCGCUUCUUGGUAGCCUUCGCCUACUGGAACCACUACCUCAGCUGCGCCUUCCCGUGUCCCGGCUACCGCCUGCUUUGCUGUCUCAACUUUGGCCUCAACGUCCUCGAGAACCUAGCGCUGCUAGUGCUCACCUACGUCUCCUCCUCCGAGGACUUCACCAUCCAUGAAAAUGCUUUCAUUGUGUUCAUCGCCUCAUCCCUCAGCCACAUGCUCCUCACCUGCAUUCUCUGGCGGCUGACCAAGAAGCACACAGUAAGUCAGGAGGAUCGCAAGUCCUACAGCUGGAAACAGCGGCUCUUCAUCAUCAACUUCGUCUCCUUCUUCUCUGCGCUGGCUGUCUACUUUCGGCACAACAUGUAUUGUGAGGCUGGAGUGUACACCAUCUUUGCCAUCCUGGAGUACACUGUUGUCCUAACCAACAUGGCGUUCCACAUGACGGCCUGGUGGGACUUCGGGAACAAGGAGCUGCUCAUAACCUCUCAGCCUGAGGAAAAGCGAUUCUAAACCCUUCUCUCCUGUUGGGGAGGAUACAGUCCACUGCCCAAAACAAGAAACAAGAUACCACACUGGCGUUCCCCACCCCCCAUGUCCUUUCUGGGGCCUACUGAAGCUGGGGGAGGGGAAGGAAGGGAGGAAGGGCGUAGGACAAGGCUGACCCCAGCACUGCUGGCUUCUUUUCUCCAUCAUUCACACAGGCACAAGGGCCUUCAAGCAACAUCACUCCUACAUGAGAGGCCCCAAGAAGCUAAGCUAGCAGGAGAGCUACACCAUUUGGUGCUAACAAAAAGGCCUAAGGUUCAUGACUACCAUUUGGUUCUUGGCCUUUUACACAGCCACCUUUUGCUGAGGUCAGAAACCAGAGCAGUGGCUGCUACCUGAAAAGCACAGCCACUUCUCUCCACAGGAUCAUUCACUUGACUAAUGUGUCUAAUGAUCUACUGUGCACAUCCAGGCCUGUGGUCACAGUCCCCUGCUAAGGUUGUCUAGGUGUUCUAGUCCUGACUCACCUAUUUGAUAUGGUGUGUGCCCUAGCAUGUGUACCCUUCCCUAUCUAAGCCUCAGUGUGUCCAAGUGUAUGAUGAGGGGUGGGUGUGCUGUGUGACUGCCAAGGGUUCUGCCAGUCUUUGGUUCUGAUGUCAUCCGAUGGAGGUGGUAUUCUGUACCUGAAGGAUGACCUAGUCCAGAAAAAGCAGCAGCAUAGUAUGUAUUUCCCUUCCCUUCUGAAAUCUCUGGCUUACAGACCCUUCCUCCUUUCCAAAGGUAUGAGAUAGAUGGGUCAGCAGCACAGAUCCUUACCCCAAAAUGGGCUCCCUGGUUUCCCUCUAUCUUUCCUACUGCCCCAGGCCCUGAGCUCUUUUGGUUGUACAUUUUAUUUCAAAGGAAAAUAAAUUUUUUUUUUUUUUUUUUUUUGUCAGCA